GGAGUGGAGCGGCGGCGGCGGCGCGGCGCAGGGCGCGGGGCGGCAUGGCCACCACCGCGCAGUACCUGCCGCGGGGCCCCGGUGGCGGAGCCGGGGGCACCGGGCCGCUCAUGCACCCGGACGCCGCGGCGGCAGCGGCGGCGGCGGCGGCCGCCGAGCGAUUGCACGCAGGGGCCGCGUACCGCGAAGUGCAGAAGCUGAUGCACCACGAGUGGCUGGGCGCGGGCGCGGGCCACCCCGUGGGCCUAGCGCACCCCCAGUGGCUACCCACGGGAGGAGGCGGCGGCGGCGAUUGGGCCGGCGGCCCGCACCUAGAACACGGCAAGGCGGGCGGCGGCGGCACCGGCCGAGCCGACGACGGCGGCGGCGGCGGAGGUUUCCACGCGCGCCUGGUGCACCAGGGGGCGGCCCACGCGGGCGCGGCAUGGGCGCAGGGCAGCACGGCGCACCACUUGGGCCCCGCCAUGUCGCCGUCGCCUGGGGCCAGCGGGGGCCACCAGCCCCAGCCGCUCGGGCUGUACGCGCAGGCGGCCUACCCGGGGGGCGGCGGCGGCGGCCUGGCCGGGAUGCUGGCGGCGGGCGGUGGCGGCGCGGGGCCGGGCCUGCACCACGCGCUGCACGAGGACGGCCACGAGGCGCAGCUGGAGCCGUCGCCGCCGCCGCAUCUGGGCGCCCACGGACACGCACACGGACAUGCACACGCGGGCGGCCUGCACGCGGCGGCGGCGCACCUGCACCCGGGCGCGGGCGGCGGCGGCUCAUCGGUGGGCGAGCACUCGGACGAGGAUGCGCCCAGCUCGGACGACCUGGAGCAGUUCGCCAAGCAGUUCAAGCAGCGGCGCAUCAAGCUGGGCUUCACGCAGGCCGACGUGGGGCUGGCGCUGGGCACGCUCUACGGUAACGUGUUCUCGCAGACCACCAUCUGCCGCUUCGAGGCCCUGCAGCUGAGCUUCAAGAACAUGUGCAAGCUCAAGCCGCUGCUCAACAAGUGGCUGGAGGAGACCGACUCGUCCAGCGGCAGCCCCACCAACCUGGACAAGAUCGCGGCGCAGGGCCGCAAGCGCAAGAAGCGCACGUCCAUCGAGGUGGGGGUCAAAGGCGCGCUCGAGAGCCACUUUCUCAAGUGCCCCAAGCCCUCGGCGCACGAGAUCACCGGCUUGGCAGACAGCCUGCAGCUGGAGAAGGAGGUGGUGCGCGUCUGGUUCUGCAACCGGCGGCAGAAGGAGAAGCGCAUGACCCCUGCGGCCGGCGCGGGCCACCCGCCCAUGGACGAUGUAUACGCGCCUGGGGAGCUAGGGCCUGGAGGGGGCGGCGCAUCGCCUCCCUCCGCGCCCCCGCCGCCUCCGCCGGCGGCGCUGCACCACCACCACCACCACACACUGCCCGGCUCCGUGCAGUGACCCCGCGGGCCGGGCCCCCGCCGGCGCGCUGCAGGGCGCGGGCGCGCAGCCCGCCCGCGCGGCCUGGACUCUUUUUGUUCGGUUGCUUUGGAUUUUACAAAAAAAAAAAAAGCCCAGAAACUUUCGAACAAAACCAAACACCCGGACGACCCUCUCCGGUGAGCGGCGAAGACGGCCCGGUAGGCUGCGUCGCCCGAGCCCCGGGAGAGAUGAGCGGAGAUCCAGAACUCGCCAACUCACCCCGGGCAUCCUGCCCGCCGCCUGCUGUCUGCCCCCAUCCCCUCGACGACCCCCGCCCCUGCCCCCGGGCUGUUCGGGGCCGGAUCCCGGCAGCGGCCUCCCCAAAGCGACAGGUAACGCGGUGCGGGGUUAGGGAUUCCUCGGGAGAGAGGACGAAGCGAGGAGAGUUCUCCAUCCCCUCUCCCCGCGUGGACUCCUGAGCCUGCGGGUCCAGGGUGGGGGGGCUGUCACUUUAUUCGCUACACGCCUCUUCUCUCCUAUAAGGAUGCGCCCCACCCCCUUUUCCCCUUUCUCCGGGCUUGGUUUUUUACGGUUUUUAUUUAUUCGUGGAGCCUCUCGGCUCCUGGGGUCCUUCUAACUCCGCCCGCGCCCUUAAUUUAAAUCGCUGUAUACUGUAUUUAUCGGGGCCCCGGAGGGGAGGUCGCGAGAGCCGCGUCUGUGUAUAAAAGCAGGAAAUAGCCAAAGCUUUAAUCUAGCCUAAUUUAUUUUUCCCCUUAUAUUUCCCUACCCUCCCCCUCCCCCACAAAAAAAAGCAAAAAAAAAAAAAAAA